AUGCAGAACUCCCAGAAGCACCUGGGGGUGCUGGCUCUGCUCGUGUGGCCGCCGGCGGUACUUCGUCAAGGCGGGAAGCCGCUCUCUCCGCAGGAGCUGCGCGUGUGGUUCGCCCGCCGCUUGAGACGUGCUGCUGGAGCUGGAGCUGCUGGGGGUGUUGGCGCUGGUGUUUCUACUGGUGCUGGUGCGUCUGGGGGUGCUGCUGAGGCAGCUGGUGCUGACGGUCCUACUGGAGUUGGUGCUGCUGGAAUUGGAGCUGCUGGGGGUGUUGGCGCUGGUGUUUCUACUGGUGCUGAUGGUCCUACCGGAGUUGGUGCUGCUGGAGCUGGAGCUGCUCGGGGUGUUGGCGCUGGCGGUGCUGCUGGCGCUGGUGCUUCUGAGGGUACUGGAGUUGGCGCUGUUGGAGCUGGAGGUUCUGCUGGCGCUGGUGCUGCCGGUGGGGGUACUGGUGCCGUACUUGUUGGUUCUAGAGGCGCUGCGCGGCCGAGGCCGUACUUCGUUCCGCUCCUGGAGCAGGUUCUUGGUCUCCCGCCCUCUACUGGUCCUGCUCCUCCCCCUAGAGUGUCCACCGCGUGUCCAGUCGCAGUCACAAUUACUGCCCGCCCUCCCCUCUACCCUGCUCCUUCUCCCUACACUGGUCCUACUACAGGUCUUGCUGAGCGUCGUGAGCCGUCCGUCCCGCGUCACCUGUUCGUGCUGCUCGCACUAGUGGUCGUACUGCGCGUCCGCGUCCUCCUGCGGUUCCCGGCACACACCAGAUGGCACUGCGUCCUUCCACUGCUCCGUUGCGUGUCCCGUUGCCGUCUCCUCCAGAGUCCCUCUCUUCCUUCUCUUGCUGACCCGGAGUCUGACUCCCUUCGUGCUGCUAGUCCUUCGACAUCCCGACUCCUCGAUCGUACGCUGAGGCGAUCGAGGGUCCCUACUCCUCUCAGUGGCAGUCGGCCAUGGACGCAAGAGAUGGCUUCCUGGAAGUCCACAGGCACCUACAUCGACGAGGUUCCCCCACCUGGGGCGAACAUCGUCAGUGGGAUGUGGAAUCUUCAGGGUGAAGCGGCCGCCAGGCUCUCCGCCUGUCUUCAAGGCGCGUUACGUGGCUCGAGGCUUCAGUCAGCGGCAGGAGUUGACUACUUUCAUACCUUCUCUCCCACCCCGAAGAUGACCACUCUUCGGAUGCUGCUGCACAUAGCCGCUCAGCGCGACUACGAGCUUCACUCUCUUGACUUCAGCACUGCUUUCCUGCAGGGCAGCCUGCACGAGGAGAUCUGGCUGCGCCGCCCUCCUGGCUUCACUGGGUGUUUCCUCCUGGCACCCAGUGGAGCCUCCGGCGGCCAGUCUACGGUCUCCGCCAAGGCGCCCCGUGAGUGGCACGACAUACUGAGGACUACACUUGCGGCUCUUGGGUUUGCUCCUUCUACAGCCGACCCGUCGCUAUUUCUACGCACCGACACCUCUUUGCCGCCGUUCUACAUCCUCGUGUACGUCGACGACCUGGUCUUUGCCCCUGCUGACACUACUGGACUCGCCCACGUGAAGUCCGAGCUGCAGAAGAGACACACGUGCACAGACCUGGGUGAACUGCGCAGCUACCUUGGCUUGCAGAUCACCCGGGAGAGAGCACAGAGCACCAUUACCCUGACUCAGUCACACAUGGUGCAGCAGGUCCUUCAGCGCUUCGGCUUCACGUACUCCUCGCCUCAGGCCACUCCUCUGCCUACUCGCCACUCGCUCUCAGCUCUGCCUUCGGAUGAGUCCGUAGAGUCGAGUGGCCCGUACCCAGAGCUUGUUGGCUGCCUCAUGUACCUGAUGACCUGCACACGACCUGACCUUGCAUACCCUCUUAGCAUCUUGGCACGCUAUGUUGCUACUGGGAGACACCGACCAGAGCACAUGGCUGCAGCGAAGAGGGUGUUGUGCUACAUGGGCCAGGCUGCACAGGAGCUAUGCUGGCUCACCUACCUGCUGAUUGACCUAGGAGAGCCGCCUCGUUCUCCUCCAGUUCUGUACGUAGACAACAAGGCCAUGCUGGCCUUGUGUCGGGAGCACAGACUGGAGCACAGAAUGAAGCACAUUGCUCUCCGCUACUUCUUGUCUCGUGAGCUGCAGCAGCGUGGUCAGCUCCGCCUCACCUACGUGGCCUCUGAGGCCAACACUGUUGAUAUCUUCACCAAGGCCCUUUCGCCUUGUGAUCAUCAGCGCUUCUGUACUGUGCUAGGUCUUGUGCCUACCUGGCCUCACUUGCUCACUUCUUGA